AUGGCUUCAAGCAGCGACGACUUCGACUUUGGCAAGUGGGACUUCCCAGCCGAGCGCAUUUGGCUGCACAAGUCCAACGGAGAGAUCACCUGGAAGAUCUGCACGUUUGUGCCACUGAUUGCCUUUGGUCUAUAUGGAAACUUCACCAUGCUUUAUCUGAUAGCCACCAACCGUUCAUUGCGAUCGCCCACCAACCUGAUUAUUGCAAAUAUGGCCGUUGCGGAUCUUCUGACCCUGGCCAUUUGCCCUGCAAUGUUUAUGGUGAACGACUUCUACCAGAACUACCAGUUGGGAUGCGUGGGGUGCAAGCUGGAGGGCUUUUUGGUGGUGGUUUUCCUCAUCACAGCCGUGCUCAAUCUCUCGGUAGUCAGCUACGACCGUCUUACGGCCAUCGUGCUCCCAAUGGAGACGCGUCUCACCAUAAGGGGCGUCCAGAUAGUGGUGGUCUGCACCUGGGUCUCGGGUAUCCUAUUGGCAUCACCGUUGGCUUUCUAUCGUUCUUACAGGGUGCGCGUCUGGAAGAACUUUACGGAGCGAUAUUGCAAGGAGAACACCUCUGUCCUGCCCAAGUACUGGUAUGUUCUAAUCACUAUUCUGGUGUGGCUGCCAUUAGGCAUCAUGCUUAUCUGCUACAUAGCCAUAUUCUAUAAGCUUGAUCGGUAUGAAAAGCGGGUCCUUAGUCGCGAGAACCCGCUCACAGUGAGCUAUAAACGCAGCGUGGCCAAGACACUGUUCAUCGUGGUCGUGGUCUUCGCAGCUCUACGGCUGCCAUUUACAAUCCUAGUUGUACUACGGGAAAAAUACUUCGGUGAGGAUGUCUCUGUCAGCAGUGGAAUGCAGCUAUUCUGGUACAUCUCACAGUAUUUGAUGUUUCUGAACGCCGCCGUCAAUCCGCUGAUCUACGGAUUCAACAAUGAGAACUUUAGAAGGGCCUACUACCAGAUAUCUUGGGUUCGGCGAUGGCGAUUUGCUGCGAAAAUGAAGAAGGUUUCUCGAACUCCAAAUCACUGCUGCUACUGUGCCUUUAUGAAGAAGGGCAGACGGAGCCCAAAAGCAGGACAACAGGCAGGAAAUGUAAAAGCGGACAUAACCAAGGAUAUAUCGUCGGAAAAACAGUCGGCAAAGUCAACUAAGAUAAUGCAAAGUAACCCUACUGAUUUACUUGCAUCGGAAAUCGGGGCAGACGGGUUUAUAUAAUAGAAAUCAAAGAUAAA